AAUGAGAAGAUAUCAGUUACUCUAUGCAAACUUGAGCGUAUCUUCCCCCCGAGUUUCUUUGAUUCAAUGGAGCAUCUACCAGUUCAUUUGGCAGAUGAAGCACGAUUGGCUGGUCCAGUGCAGUAUCGGUGGAUGUAUCCUUUUGAACGAUAUUUGAGGACAUUGAAAAAUCAUAUCAGAAACAAAGCCAAGGUUGAAGGAUCCAUCAGCAAUGCAUAUAUACUAGAGGAAAUGUCCACCUUCUCUUCAUAUUACUUUGAGGAUCAUGUGACUACAAAGUGGAGAAAUUUGCCUCGCAAUAUUGAAGAGUCUGUUGAAGACAGUGAUGAUCCUAAUCAACUCUUAAUCUUCAAACCAGUUGGACGUCCGAUUGGGCGAAUGACAAAGAGAUACAUGGAUCCUAAAGAAUACAUGGCUGCGCAUAUGUAUAUUUUGAGCAAUUGUGCGGAGGUUGCAAACACAUAUAUCAAGAUCUUCGAGGACGAAAUGCGCUACGUAAAUCCUUCACUAACCGAAGCCGAGUUAGAGAGUGCUUUCGACAAGGAUUUUAUGUUGUGGUUUGGCCAUUAUGUGAUUCGCCCUUCUAACAAUGAUUUGAACCCGUAUAUCAAGUCGCUUGCAGCCGGGCCUUUAACUGAGAUUGAGACAUACUCCGGGUAUUUUGUGAAUGGCUAUAGAUUUCACACGACUGAUCUUGAUGGAGAGCGCGCAACUGUGAACAGUGGCGUGUGCAUAAAAGGCUCGGUCUAUGGUAGAGAUGUGCAAGACUUUUAUGGGCGUCUACAAGAGGUGUGUGUGCUGGAGUAUGGGGGUAUCCAAUUAAGAAGACAGUCUUGUUCAAAUGUGAAUGGUUUGACUUGUCUGCUCGGGGAACUUCUAUUGAUACAAACUUCAAGUUGGUAUCAGUGAACCAGACAAGAAAAUAUCAGAAGUAUGAUCCAUUUGUUUUAGCGAGUCAGGCGGUUCAAGUGUUUUACUGUCCCUAUCCCAGUACGAACCAAGCAAAGAAAAACUGGUUGUCAGCAUGCAAAGUCAACGCAAGAUCAAAGGUUGAAGUCUCCACUGCCGCAUCUAACUCAACAUUAGAUCAACCGUUUCAAGAAGAGGUUGUUACUAUUACGUCUACCCACACAACUGUGGACAUUGACCCACCAAUUCUUGUUCAUCCCCUCGGUGGAAUCGUUGACAUUGAAGAUGACGAUGACCCAGAAGACGAGGACCAACCGUUCACAUCUGAUGACGACGCCAGUAAUGAUGAUGACAGUAGUUGAGGUUAUUUGGCAAUGUAUUUGUUUAUACUUGUUAUUCAUGUGUGAUUAGAAACUUCCUGCAAUUUACAGACUGUCUAUACUUAUCUUAAUCAAUUUCUGUGACAUGAGUGUUAUU